AUGUCUGCCAAGAUUCCCUCCAUUGUACAAGAGCGCGUUAGCGAGCGGGCCCGCAAGGCCCUCGACACAGUCGCCAAGUUCGUCGAAGAAGAAUGCAUUCCCGCCGACCCCGUCUUCGAGGCCCAAAUCGGCGAGGGCGACGCCCGCUGGGAAUCCUACCCCGCCAUCCUCGAGAACCUCAAGGCCCGCGCCCGCUCCCUCGGCCUCUGGAACAUGUUCCUCCCCAAGGGCCACUACAAGGAGUCGCCCGGCUUCACCAACCUCGAGUACGGCCUCAUGGCCGAGUGGCUCGGUCGCUCGCACAUCGCUUCCGAGGCCACCAACUGCGCGGCGCCCGAUACCGGUAACAUGGAGGUGCUUGCCAAGUACGGCAAUGAGGCGCAGAAGAGGACGUGGUUGGCGCCUCUUAUGGAUGGGAAGAUUCGUUCGGCGUUUUUGAUGACGGAGCCGGAUAUUGCUAGUUCGGAUGCUACGAACAUUCAGCUUACUAUGAGGAGGGAGGGGAAUGAAUAUGUUCUGAACGGAUCGAAAUGGUGGUCUAGCGGCGCCGGUGACCCCAGAUGCAAGAUCUACAUCGUCAUGGGCAAGAGUGACCCCAGCAACCCCGACCCUUACAGGCAGCAGUCCGUCAUCCUCGUCCCCGCCGAGACCCCCGGAAUCACCAUCCACCGCAUGCUGUCGGUCUACGGUUACGACGAUGCGCCCCACGGCCACGGCCAUAUCAGCUUCAAGAACGUCCGCGUGCCCGCCACGAACCUCGUCCUUGGCGAGGGCCGCGGUUUCGAAAUCAUCCAGGGCCGUCUUGGACCUGGUCGUAUCCACCACUGCAUGAGGACCAUUGGUGCUGCCGAGAAAGCCCUCGAGUGGAUGAUCAUGCGCAUCAACGACCCCAGAAAGACCACCUUCGGCAAACAACUCAAAGAUCACGGCGUAAUCCUCGAAUGGGUCGCCCGCUCCCGCAUCGAAAUCGACGCCGCCCGCCUCCUCGUCCUCAACGCCGCCAUCAAGAUGGACGACCUGGGCCCCAAGGCCGCUCUCAAGGAGAUCGCCGAAGCCAAGGCCACCGUGCCGCAGGUCGCCCUCACCGUCAUCGACCGCGCCGUCCAGUCGUUCGGCGGCGCUGGUGUCUCUCAAGAGACGCCCCUGGCGUACAUGUGGGCGCUGAUUCGCACGCUGAGGUUGGCUGAUGGACCUGAUGAGGUGCACCUGAGGCAGCUAGGUAGGAAUGAGAGCAGGAGGGGGAAGGAGGUGACGGAUAAGAUUCAGUGGCAGAAGGAGAAGACGGAGGAGUUGUUGAAGGCUCUUGGGUUGACGAGGCGGCAGCCUGGGACGAAGAUUGUGAAGUCUAAGAUUUAG